AUGAGUUGGGAUCAAUAUCCUGAGUUAAUCGGACAAAGUGGCUAUGGUGGAUCAUCUAGUUAUGAAUCAUCGUCAUAUAGCAGCGGUGGAGAUGCUGGUUUUUAUGGAGCUGGCGCCGGUUUAGGUGCAGCUGGUUAUUCAGGCUAUGAAUCAUCUUAUUCAAGUGGAGCUGGAUAUGCUGGAGAUGUCGGUUAUGCAGGCGGUUAUGAUAGUUCAGCUGCAUAUGGAGUUGAUGGUGGCUAUGGUGGAAGUUAUGAUAGUUCAGCUGCAUAUGGAGUUGGUGGUGGCUAUGGUGGAAGUUAUGAUAGUUCAGCUGCAUAUGGAGUUAGUGGUGGUUAUGGUGGAAGUUAG